UUAAAAAAAAAAAAUCUCAGCAUUAAUUCUACAAAAACAUUUUAGAUAUGGAGAGAGUAAGCAAGAAGAGGAAGAUAUGCCAAGUUUACGAAGAAGAAGAAGAAGAAGAAGAAGAAGAAGAAGAAGAAGAAGAAGAAGAAGAAGAAGAAAAGAUCGAGAAAUUCUAUACUCUCAUCAAAAGUAUUCGCGAGGCUCGCAAACGUUUGAUGAAGGGCUCAGAUCAUGAUGAUCAUCAGAUAAUCCAAAAGGAAGAGAAGCAAUUUGCAGUGUGGGAGCCCUCUUUCCAACGUGAAGAUUUCAUGGAAGAUCACCAUGAUGGUGAUGAGCGGUUAAAAAACCCUCUUGUGUCAAUACGUGUAGGUUCUUCUUCAGUCAAUAAAAAAUGAGUUGAGAUGAUCAGAAAGAAGAGUUAGAUCUAAGGCUUUCGCAAGACAGUUCUUUCUUCAUUGUGAUCAGACAACGUUGAAGGUAUGAAGAUCAUUUGUAACGACAUCAAAAGUUCAUUUCAGUGUU